AUGACUGCUGAUCGGCUGUGCCAACAGCGCGCCGCCCGAGGUGUGAAAAGUGACAUCUGGGAAGAGCCCGCCUGGGGGCGGCACGGCGGGGGCGGCGCUGUCGCAACGGCGCCACCGGCCAGCCGGGAAAUGUCAGCCGGGAUGGGACGCGGCGGGCUGGCGGGCUGGCGGGCUGGCCUUUGGCGGCGCUCCCUCACACUUAUGCAAAUGCUGGCGACCGGCGCGUGUCGUCAGCGUCGCCUGCGCCCGUCCGCUGCACCUCCACUCCCUUCAUCUCGUGUCGCGUCUGCACUCUCAGACUCUCCACGCUACUCCCCGGCCUACCCUCACUGCCUCGGUAAAAAGUGGGGCCCGCGGCCCGUGGUCGGUACAUCAGUCCUUCCAGGUCUGCAGAGCACAAGAGACACUCUCAGCUCCUCCACCACCACCACCACUACCACCGCCAUGUUCUUCAAGCUGGUAACCGUGCUGUGCCUGGCCGCCGCCGCCAUGGCCCUGCCCCAGAGGCCUGUCGCUGGAGGACGAGGCAAGGACGCCGUCAUUGUCUCUGCCACCAACGAUGUCAACUUUGAUGGCUCCUACCGUUACAGCUUCGAGACGUCCGACGGCCAGCGCGCCUCGCAGGAGGGCGCCCUGAAGCAGGUGUCUGCCCCUGGCCCCGACGGUGACGGCCUGGGUGAAGCCGUGCGCGGCGACUUCUCCUACACCGAUGACGCCGGCAACCAGUUCGCCAUCCAGUACACCGCCGACGAGAACGGCUACGUGCCCCAGGGCGCGCACCUGCCCACCCCUCCCCCAAUCCCAGAGGCCAUCCAGAAGGCGCUCGCCUACAUCGCCAGCCAGCCGCAGGCCCGGUCUUAAGCGUCGCCACACCACCUCAUGGACACCGCUCCUCUCGCUCUUCUUCUCCUCCGUCUUUUGUACAAACGCGCAACUCGUGACCAAUAAAGUUUCGUACAUUUAAAAAGAA